AUGUUCUUUAUGUUUUGUCCGCUGUGCACGAAUCAGCUCGUGCUGGACACGUCUGCGGAGUGCGGGACGCACUUUGCCUGCCGCACGUGCCCGUACAAGCACGAGAUGAACAUGCCUGUCGUGUCGUCCCGCAAGUCCCGAAACCCAAAACAAGUCGAGGACAUCAUCGGCUCCUCCACAGAGGGCCUUUCCAUGACAGACGCGCGGUGCCCACAGUGCGACCAUGCACGGGCGUUCUUCUUUGAGAUGCAGACGCGAUCUGCCGACGAGCCCAUGACCGUCUUCUACUGCUGCGAGGAGUGCAAGCACAAGUGGAGCGAAAACUAG